CUCGCCUCCGCCCACUUCACCCUCGACUUCCCCCCUACUCGCGGCUUCGACGAGGACCUCGAGAGCCAGUUCUGCGGCGGCUUCGCGACCCCGGCCUCGUCGCGCACGCCGUUCCCUCUCUCGGGCCCUGCCCCGGUCACGAUCGGGUCGCACCACGCCUCGGCCGAUGUCGCCAUCUUUCUCUCGUUCGACAGCAACCCGACGAGCUUUGCCGACUUCAACGAGACGUCGUCGGGCCAGAGCUACGGCCCGCUCAAGCCGUUUGGCCAGAUCUCGGGCACGGGCGACUACUGCUACACGGUCGACGUCGCCUCGCUCGGCAUCUCGAACCUGAGCAACGGCACGGUCGCGACCCUCCAGGUCGAGUACAACGGCGGCGACGGCUACCUCUUCCAGUGCGCCGACCUCGUCCUCGUGUCGGACUACUCGACCCCGUCCAACGUCACGUGCGCCAACUCGACCGAGGCGGCCACCUCGUCGUCGUCGGCUGCAGCUGCCUCGGGCUCGGCG